AUGGACUUUGAUGAAGCUGUGACCGUGGUGAAGGAACUGAAAGCGCGUCCGACAGAUGACGAGUUGUUAGAACUCUACGGAUUCUAUAAGCAGGCUAUUAUGGGUGAUAACACUAAUAGCAAGCCAUGGAUUGACUUCAAAGCUCGAGCCAAAAAAGAGUCGCAACUACUGGCGACAAAACUUACUUCUGUUAAAACACAAAAAGCAUUAUCCGCAGCAACUUUUGUUCAGAUUUCUCCGAAAAGUGUACAGCCUUACCUGAAGCUGAUGCGUAUCGAUAAACCCACUGGUUUUUGGUUACUUUAUUGGCCAUGUACAUGGUCAAUAGCGCUAGCUACACCGCCAGGUUCAUUGCCUGAUCUGAAAAUGCUUGCAUUAUUUGGUGCUGGAUCGAUUCUAAUGCGCUCUGCUGGUUGCAUUGUGAACGAUAUUUUCGAUAAAGAUUACGACAAAAUGGUUGAACGAACAAAAUCAAGACCGCUUGCAAGUGGAGAACUUAAUAAUCGACAAGCUGUCGCUGUUCUUUCACUGUUAUUAUCUGGAUCAUUUUUGAUACUUCUACAGUUCAGCUGGUUCAGUGUUAUCGUGGGUGCCAGCUCAUUAUUUUUAGUUGUCGCAUAUCCAUUGGCAAAGCGCUAUACGUAUUGGCCACAGCUCGUCCUUGGGCUUACCUCUAAUUGGGGAGUGUUCAUUGCAUGGUGUCACUUGUGUCCGAACACAUUACUUACCGUCAUGCCUUUGUACACUGCCACCGUGUUUUACACUGCUACAUAUGACACCAUAUAUAGAUUAACGUUCAACUGGGGAGCAUUGCUGGGUUGGGCCGUCAUACGCGACGAAUUGUGCACAGUGGCACUUUUAUUGUAUAUGGCUUCGGUGAACUGGACUCUGAUUUACGACACAAUAUACGCUCAUCAGGAUAAAACAGAUGACCUGAUUGCUGGCAUUAAAUCUACGGCUCUGCUUUUUGGUGAUAAAACAAAGUAUUUGUUGGCUGGUUUCGCAGCUCUAACUAUAUUAGGUAUUGGGACCACAGGUUUUAUGGUGCAGCAGACGUGGCCUUUUUACAGUGCGUUAGCUGCUACCGGAGUACAUCUUGCAUGGCAAAUUGCUACCGUGAAUAUUAACGAUCCGAAGGAUUGCUGGAAAAAAUUUAAGACCAAUCAGUGGCUUGGUGUUAUCUUAUUUACUGGUAUUGUCGCAGGGAAUUUAUUACGGAAAGAAGAAAAAGAAGCGUUAUCCUUAAAAGAAGUUUGUUAA